GUGGAAAGGUUGAGACUGCUUUGCUGGCAGGUACCGGCUUCCAUGUGCGAGAUAACAUAUGAGGAGCUCAGUGUGGGACACUUAAAGCAGAUUGCACACAUUGCUUUUGUGGAAGCUUUUCUUCUCUGUGACUGGGACUAGUUCUGUUCAGUCAUGCGAAGUAGGUGAGACUGGACAAGCUCAGCUCAGCUUUCUUGCCCUGACAUAGACUGGCAAUAUUUUUCACAACUGGGUGAAGCUAGAAAUCCGAGCAGAUGCCUGUGCCGCCGCCACCACCUCCUCCUCCACCACCUCCACCACCACCUUCUGGAGGGCCCCCUCCACCACCACCUUCGGGAGGGCCCCCUCCACCACCACCACUGGCAAGCUCAGAGAUACCAAAAUUGCGAAAGGACGAGCAGAAAGCACGAAACGCGCUCCUGGCUGAUAUCCAGCAGGGAACUCGCCUGAGGAAAGUGACCCAAAUCAACGACCGCAGUGCACCACAGAUUGAAAAACCCAAAGGAGCUAACAGAGAUGGAGGUAGCCCAGCUGUUAAUAAAGGUGGCUCUCAGCAGCCUUUGGGAGGCUUAUUUGCUGGUGGCUUUCCUGUUCUCAGACCAGCAGGCCAGAGGGACAUGACAGCAGGGAAGCUCUCCGGAGGCCGAGCAGCAUCCCCCAGACCCUCCGCACCGCCGAGCAGCGGCGCUGCCAAGGCGAACAGCACCCCCUCGCAGCCGGCCGAGGUUCCACGGGCAGCUGUCCCACCGGAGCCUCCCGGCACCUCCAGAGCCGCAGCGGGAGCGGGUCCCGGGCGGCCCAGCCUGCCCGCGCCCCCUCCGCCGCCCCCCGCUUCCAGCAAGCCUUCCCUCACCUUCCCUCCUCCUCCCCCUGUGCCCCCUCCGGCCGAUCGCCCUGCCAAGGGGGUGACCCCCGGCGCUGCUCCCCCGGCCCCGCUCCCUCCCCCUCAGGCUGACAAACCCGCCAAGCCUCAAGCAGGCGCUUCGCAUCCGCCCCCGCCGCCCCCUCCUCCUCCUCCUCCCCCCCCGCUGCCCCCCGUGCCCCCCUGCGGGCUGCCGGGCAGGGCCGCCGAGGCCUCUGCGGCCGCCGCCGCUCCGGCCGAGGGAAGGGACUGUCCCCCUCCCGCGCCGCCGCCGCCACCGCCGCCACACGCCCAUCCCCCGCCCGCGAACAGGCUCUCCUUUCCCCCCUCCCCGGCCUUCAGCGGUGCCGACGUGCCCCCUCCGCUGCCCCCCAAGUCUCCCCACCUGCUGUCCCAGUUCCAUAAGCCGAGCAACAUCCAGUCGCUGCCGCUGCCACCCACCCCCGGCCCCCCUCAGCCCGCAGCCGUGGGGGAGACCAGGAAGAAGAGAGCUGGCCGAGGCGCAGGAACCGGUGCUGGGAAGCUGGUCACACCUCCACAGCCACCUGCAAGAUCCCCAACAACUGAACUUACAAGCAAGUCUGGAGUCUCAGCCUGGGCUACAGCUCAUGACCCCUACACACCACUUAAAAAUGGAAAUAUGCACAUCAUUGAUGACUUUGAAUCGAAAUUUACUUUCCAUUCUGUGGAAGAUUUUCCUCCACCUGAUGAAUUUAAACCAUUUCAGAAAACAUAUCCCAGCAAGAUACCCAGAGAUCCCUCUAAAAAUCCUCCAUUAAGAACACAUGUGAGAUGAGAAGAGUCUUCUGAUGCUCUCUGGACUAGUAUUAAAAAAGAAGAUCAAGAUAAUAUAUAAGACAGAAGGGGUCCCUGUUGCAGUGAUAGAUUGUACUUGAGUCACAAGUACUGCAAUAUUAACAUUUCUAUAAACUGUAAAACAAUAUAAAUUACGCCUUUUGAACUGGCCUACAUACUACAGGAAUGUUAGUACAGGCUUUUAAAUUACUGUAUAUAGGUGAAUAUUUUUUAAGCAAAGCAGCAUAAAAUUUAAAUUCUUUGUUGUGUUGAAGCAAUUCUCAUUCUUAUUAUGCUAACAAUGUUACCUCAGAAUGUUUUGCGCUAUGUGCCUGUUGUUCUUUUUUCCCCUUCCAUCAUAAUUUUUGGAAAUUCUCCAGUUAUUUAGACAUUUUUUCAAUGAACUGUCAAACUAAUAUGCUAUCUUUAGUCUGUUUUUAUGUUUCUUCACUUCUUCCAUUCUGCCUGGCCUCAGAUUGCAGCAGGAUGUCACUUUCAUGAAGAGAUGGGCCCACAACCCUUUUCUCAUGAAGCAUGAAGAGGAGAUGCCAAGGAGGCUGCUAAUGAGCCUACCUCCUAAAGAUUACAUAUCCUUAUAGGAUAGUGUUGAAGAAGCCCAGCUGGGUAGGGUGGUCAUGGACUUGACAAAGAUGACAGAACCCUUCCAAAGUAGAGGAAAAGGAAGUUGCUCUAUUGUAAGCAAGAAAAAGAAAUGGUGUGUGUGAAUACACAUGCCGUGAUGAGCGUAUGUAAGGGCACAUGUCCUGUCUUUUCCUGCUGGCACAGUGGGUAUUUACCAUUUCUGUGAUAGAUUGCCUUUACCCAGUAAUUCCAAAGCCUUUGGAUGAGGGGCCCAAAACCUACAUUUUAGAGCUACUACUAUUUGCUAGCAGUGAAGGUUCAUUGCCCAAAACAUACCACAUGGAACACUCGGCCCCCAAAGUGGUUGUUGUCUCAAAUAGAGUUGGUUGGGAAAAGUAACAACCUAGCAGCAGACAAGACUUGAACUACUGCUUUUAAUAUUCAGACCUUGGGUAUGGUCUUUGGAUCACAGAUGUUCAAAUCUGAUCCUAAGAUGUUUAUUUCUAGAAUUUAUUACCCUUAUUCUUGUGCACUGGAAGGAGUGGUGCCAGCGAGGUGUCAGGGAAGUGAUUCUUCCCUCUGCUCAGCACUAGUGAGGCCACACCUGGUGUGUGGCCACAUGUCCAAAUUCUGGGCUCCCCAGUGCAAAGAAGACAUGGCCAUGCUGAAGAGAGUCCUGCAAAAGACGACAAAGGUGAUAAAGGGACUCGAACAUCUCUCCUGUGAGGAACAACUGAGAGAGCUGGGACUGAUCAGCCUAGAAAAGAGAAGGCUCAGAGGGGAUCUCUCCAAUGUAUAUAAAUAUUUGGAGGGAGGUAUAAAGAUAGAGCCAGACUCUUUUCAAUGAUGUCCAGUGACAGAACCAGAGGAAAUGGGCAGCUGUAACACAGGAGGUGCAGAACAUCAGACAGCACUUUUUGACUGUGCAGGUGACUGAGCCUUGGAACAGGUUGCCCACAGACUGUGUAGAAUCUCACUCCUUAAAGACACUCAAAAGCCAUCUGGCCUUUGUCCUCAGCAGCUGGCAGUAGGUGACCCUGUUCGGCCAUGGGUGUUGGACCAGAUGACCUGUAGCCAUCCCUUUCAAUCCCAAUCACCCUUUGAUUCCCCUUUUUACAGCUUUUCUGGGUUCCUAGACCUGGGUUGCAACAACCCAAGGCACCUCUGAGGGCAGAGUGGCUGGAAAUCUGCCUGACACUAAAGGAGUGGGGUGUGCUGGCUGACAGUGGCUAAACACACUGAACAGGGGCCAGUGUGUGCUCAGGUGGUCAAGAAGGCCAACAACAUCCUGGCUUGAGGAGGUUCAGAGGGGACCUUAUUGCUCUGUAUAACCCAAAAGGAUACGGUACCAAUGUGGAGGUCAGUUACUUCUCUCAAGUAACAAGGCACCGGACAAGAGGAAAUGGUCUCAAGCUGUGCCAGGGGAAGUUUAGAUUUGAUAUUAGGAAAAACAUCCUCACCAGAAAGGUGGUCAGGCAUUGGAACAGGCUUCUCAGGGAAGUGGUGAAGUCACCAUUUAAUACCUACAGGUAUUUAAAAGACUUGUAGAUAUGGCACUCAGGUGAUGCCUCAGGUUUUAGCUUUUACACUUUUCAGAUUCUGUACUGCUUUAGUGUGUAAUACUCAGCUUCAUAUCAGGGGAUAGUAAGCUCUCAUCAUAGAGUAGGUAGACAAAGGACCCUUGAUCCUGAGGACCAAGGACAAAUGAUCCAAAUUUCAGGCCCAAAAGCGUAAACAGCAGUGGAAUGAAGAGAGAAAAACAGGAAGGAUGGAACUUCAUAACCUAAAGCUAUAAUUGG